AUAAGGAACGGUAGUUUAGUUAAAAUAGUUUGUAUGUUAAUCAGGGAUUAAACCUAAUAAUCACAAACACACUCACAUAUUAUACAAACAUGAGAUCAAUUUUGGCUAUUUUUGCUAUCGCCACAGUGGCCAGCGCCUUCCCCAGCAGCCACGGACCCAUUGCCAUAACAACCCUACUGGGCCAUACCCAACAAUCGAGUUAUCGACUGAAAACCGACCAUCCCGUCCAGGAGCCGGCACCCAUCAUCAAAGGCGUUGCCCAACCCUAUGCCGUACCCGUUCCCCAGCCCUAUGCCGUCCCACGGGCCGUAACCGUCGAAGUACCACGUGCCGUACCCUACACAGUUACCCGUACCGUUGGUGUACCGGUCAUCGCCCGAGGCGAACCCAUUGUCCGCACCCGUAUUGUCCAAUCGGAAAGUUUGGAUAGCGGUCUCGGUAAUGGCGGUCUAUUGUUGUCCGGUAAUAACGGUGGUUAUGGCGGCGAUAAUGGUCUCAGUUUGGGUCUAUCGCACGGUUUGGGUGGUCUCGAACUCGGUGGUCACGGAUAUUAAACAGCAACAACAGCUAACCCCCCCCCUCACACCCCCACCCCAUAGAUAUUAAUUGUAUAGG